AAAAAAAAUCGAAUCAAUCAGGAGAAGUGAAGCCUGAAACUUGAAAUUUGCAGUAAUAUUUGCAUCACAUCCGGCAACUGUGGGAGGGCGCUUACGUGAACGUAUACUGAAGAGCUUCUCAGCGUCCGUCCCCAUUUACACUGCAUAGUAUUUUCCAUAUUGAUUGAUUCCUCCGUUGUCGACGAAUUAGCUAACCAUGUCCACAAAUGCAGGUGGUCGCAGUCGCAUUGCUGAUUUGGUGGAGCAGGCGCACGCCAGUGGAGAGCUGAGUGAUGUGUGCUUCACCGUGGGACGUCAGUUUGGUCGCAUAAAAGACUUCCCCGCGCAUAAGUUCCUCCUGGGCAUGCGCAGUCCCGUGUUUCGUGCCAUGCUCUACGGCAGGCUGGCUAAAAAAGGAGAUGAUACGAUCGACAUUCCCGAUAUUAUUCCCGAUGCCUUUGCCAAUAUGCUCAGCUACGUGUACACCGAUACCGUGGAUGAUCUGGAUAACGACAAUGUUUUCGCGACGAUGGUUUGCGCUGACAAGUACGAUUUGCCGGAGCUGGUGCAAAAAUGCUGCAGUUUCAUCGGUAACCGGUUGAAUACCACCACAUGGAUGUCCAAUUUAGAACAGGCUGUGCAUUGGCAUGCUGACAGCAUCGUGGAGAAGUGUCUGACUAUCGUGGACAAGGAUGCUGUGGCGAUUUUGCAGUCGGACCACUUCACUGACAUCUCGAAGGAUAUUUUGCAGCGUAUUCUGCAGCGCAACACCCUGAUGGCGGAGGAAUUCGUCAUUUAUCGGGCUGUUGAACGAUGGGCGACGGCCGCCUGCGCUCGUAACGCCAUGGCCGCGUCGGCCGCGAAUCGACGGGAGAUGCUGGGCGAAGCGCUGUUCCAUGUGCGCUUUUCGUUGUUGACUAACCAGGAGUUGGCGGACGGCCCGGGUGAAAUAUGGCUGCAGAGCGGGUUAUUGACGGAUGCGGAGCUGCUGAGUUUGUUCAAGUACAAAAACGCCACGGUCCAGCCGCCGCGUCCGUUCCCCUCCGAGCCCCGCUUAACGCGUGAACAGCCAGAACGGAAAAGAAGAUUUCCGCCAGUAACGGUUUCCCCAUAUGACCUCACCCGAGUAACGCGUGAACAGCCAGAACAGAAAAGAAGAUACCCGGGAGUACCAAUUGCCCCUAUCGAGCGACGCGUGAACAGUCAGGACAGAAAAGAAAAUAGCCGGUAGAGGGAUUUUCCCAUAUGACUCUUCGUAGAGCCUGUGACGUUUUGGCGUUAUUGAAAUGCUUUGCUUUUUUGCUAUCUUGAUAGUUUUUAUCUCGAUUGUGUUUGCUUAACUUUGUUAACCAGGGUUGGCUUGUCAUUUCGCCAUUUGCUCUUGAUGUAAUAAUAAUAAUAAUUUCGUUUUUGAGAAUACAAGAAGUGUUGACAGUGAUUUGAAAAUUGCUCUUUAUUAAAAAAUCCAUGGGCUCAGUUGUUCA